GCGGCAGGCGGGAAUGGCGGAGCAGUGGGAUCUGGAUGAGGAGAGCAUCCGCCGCCUGGGGGCGCUGACCCUGGAGCAGCCGGAACUGGUGGAGUCUCUUUCAUUACAGGGAUCUUAUGCUGGAAAAAUUCAUUCCAUUGGUGAUGCUUUCAGAAAUUUUAAAAAUCUCCGAUCCUUAGAUUUAUCAAGGAAUUUGAUCACUAGCCUAAAGGGCAUCCAGUAUUUAUGCUCACUCCAAGACCUGAAUUUAUAUUAUAACAACAUCCCUUCAUUAGUGGAGGUGUCCCGCCUACAGCCUUUACCCUUCCUCAAAGAAUUAGAUUUGAGACUCAAUCCUGUUGUAAGGAAAGAUACAGAUUAUAGGCUCUUUGCUGUGUACACACUACAAACUCUGGAGAAAUUGGAUGAUCGUACUGUUCGUGACAGUGAGAGGAAAGCUGCCAAGCUGCAUUUUAGUCAGUUGGGGAACAGUGAAAAUUUCCUCUUAGAGGUGGAAAAAAGCUCUAGGGAGAAGACAAUAAAAAACUGUGUGACAGAUGAGGGCUCUGCAUCAAAAGUCAAUACUGAUGUUGACACAAGAAUUGAAACAGAUUCAAACAAAGGACUUUUUAUUCCCUUUCCCAACCGGGAAAUAAAGGAUUCCCUAACCAGCACUUCUGCAACCCAGGGCAAUGGUAUACCAGGUCAGAAAUCAGACACUUUCCCACUGGGGCCACAGAUGCAGGAAGUGACAAGAAGGGAGAUGCCAAGUGACAGCCACCAGAAUGAUGAAUUCAGACACUACUCGCCUCAUCAGUCUACAGUCCAAUCCCCAGAGAAGAUGACUAGAGAUGGGUACCGAAUAUCUUUUUUGGACAAUAAAUCUUCAAGUUCUUCUCCAGAAAAGGACUUGACAACAAAACCUGAUACUUAUCAGCUUUCUCAUGAUGCCUCAUUGGGUAAACGCCUGGAUGUGGGUGAUUCUAGCCAGAUCCAUCCCUAUCAGAUACCUUCUGAUGUUGGUCUGGAAAAUUAUGAUGGUCAUUAUUCUCAAACUCGAACCCUGCAUGAAAGUCUUGGUAAAAGGCCUCAGAGAAACAAGAACUACCGAGAAUAUAGCACAAAGCUUCCAAAUGACAUAAAGGCCACCGUAUCCCAUUCCUGUGGAGAUUUACUGACUUCUCUGUCAAACCCCGACUCCAGCACUGAAAGACUUUUGAAGCUUAGUUCAGAGCUAUAUGCCACCACUCAUUUCAACAGUGACCCUGCUUUGCUGGUCAAUGUAGAGCAACAAUUAUCCAGCAACCUCAGUGAUUUAACACCAGCACAUGGCUCUUUCCCAAACAACUCGGCCCUGGGAAACUCUCUGCGAAUGCUGCUGUUACCUCCUGGGACUUCAGAAGACAGAGAGAUUCUGACCAARAGGUCAUUAAGCCCAUCCAAGAGAGGAUUCAAACGGAAGGACAAUAUUCUUGUCAACCUGAGUGCAAAGCAUGGUUUCCGAGAUGCUACAGGCAGUGAGCCUCUCUCUAGUGACCUGGGCAGUUUGCAUGGUUUGCCAGGAAACCACAGUCCCCCGAUCUCUGCCAGAACCCCCCAUGUGGCCACUGUCCUCAGACAGCUCCUGGAGCUUGUGGAUAAGCACUGGAGUGGCUCUGGCUCCCUCCUCCUCAACAAGAAGUUUCUCGGUCCUGCUCGAGAUCUGCUUCUGUCUUUGGUAGUCCCAGCUCCCCCUCCUCAACAGUGGUGUCGCUCACAUCCUGAAGACCCAUCCUCAAAAGCCUUCCGCAGGAGGGACAGUGAACUGAAGGAGGCUGGGCUACUUGUCCCUAAUGAUAUGGAAAGUUUGAAGCAAAAACUGGUCAGAGUGCUGGAGGAAAACCUCAUUCUGACAGAAAAAAUUCAGCAGUUGGAGGAAGGUGCUGCCACUUCAAUUGUGAGUGGACACCAGUCUCAUACUUAUGAUGAUCUUGUGCGCAAAAACCAACAGUUGACUAUGCAAGUGGCUUGCUUGAACCAGGAGCUUGCCCAACUGAAAAAGCUGGAGGAGACCGUUGCCCUUCUUCAUGAAAGUCAGAGAUCCCUGGUGGUAACUAAUGAAUAUCUGCUGCAACAGCUGAAUAAAGAGCAAAAAGGUUAUUCCGGGAAAGCACUCCUGCCUCCUGAAAAAAGUCAUCAUCUGGGGACAUCAUCGCCCUUUGGGAAAAGCACAUUGUCUUCCUCCUCACCAGUGACACAUGACACGGGUCAGUAUCUAACACAAAGCAUCUCAGAAACUGUCCCAGAUCCUAAUUUGUGGAGCUAGCACUGAACACCUUCACUGUCUACUCUCACAUGGAGGGCUUGCAAUGUCUUUGCCACCAGCA